AUGUCUCAGUUUCAUUUCCUAUUGUUAUGGUUAUUGAUGCACUCUUCGCCAGCUUCCUCUAUCGAUCCAAAACGAUUCUACCAGUCGGGCAACGUUACUCUAGGAGUCUUGCUUCCUCUUCACGUCAGGACCGCCCAGGAUAAAUGCGGUGAGUUUUACGCUUUCGGCCUUGGAUACACCGAGGCUAUAACUUUUGCAAUCGAGCGUAUUAACAAGGAUCCUGAGCUUCUACCAAAUGUGACACUGGGCUUCGACAUUCGAGACUACUGCCGCACACCUGUUCUCGCCAUGAAAAAAGCCAAUGACUUUGUGAAAAGUAAUUAUCUGAACGAACUACUGGAAGGACAAAGUGAUAACUGUAAGUCAAAGCUUACAAUAAAUAUGGAUAAUCUAACGGCUCCGAUUUCUGCGGUUAUUGGCACUAGCGAUUCGAGUAGCAGCACUCUCGUCUCAAGUUUACUGAAUGUGGCUGCCAUUCCAACUAUAAGUCCUUCCGCUACCAGCGAGGAGUUGAGCUCACCGUAUUUCAACUCCUUUUUUCGCACCAUUCCACCCGAUGGCCAACAAGCUAAAGCCAUGGUUGACAUAAUAGAGUAUUAUCAAUGGAAGUAUAUUGCAACCGUAGCCGUUGACCAUUCCUACGGUCGAUACGGUCUCCGUGCGUUGGAACGAGAAGCUUACGACCGAAAGACAUUCUGCAUCGCGUUUUCGGAGUACAUCACGCCUUCGGGAUACAAAGGAAAAAUAACAUCAAUCGUGAGAAAACUCAAAGAUGCUGAAAACAUCAAAGUGGUCGUCUUAUGGAGCAACUAUGAACCUGCAAAAAGAUUUCUGGAAGAAGCGACUGCGCAAGGGCUUGCACAGGGUGAAAUAAGGCGUUUCCGUAUUUCGGAAAUCUUGCGGAAAUCUGAUGGUUCAAGUUUCCGUCACAUUUCCGGAGGGCGGAAACACGUAAGAGCAAAAUGAGGUCGCGUUUCGCGUUUCCGCAGCGUUUCCGUUGGCUGAAAUGUACAAGGCCGUAUCAGUCGCGUUUCCGCAGACAAUUUUCUGCGGAAAUUUGGUAGCUUUUAACUUCGGUUGAUUUAAUUUUAAGUAGGCGAUGUGCUGCCAAGGAUUUCUCGGCAACAGCACUAUUUUUAAUAUGUAAAACGUUCUUAAUGAUGUUCUGAUGUGACUUCUUAGACGGUACUCAAGGCUGUCCAUCUGACCAAAACAGGCCAGUGGCAAAAGACGGAAUGUAAAUAAAUACAAAAGGUUUAAGUAUCCUGCUAGUUUAGACGUUCUCGGAGUGUAUAUUUCUUAGCAUUGUGAACAAAUAAAUGAUUUAACUUAAGUAAGAUGCGGAAUUUUAAUUUCUCUUUGUGUAGCCGAUCAUAGGUCUAAAUGGCAAUCGCCGUUUACUUCGACAAGAUUCGGCUCGCGAUCAAGCGUUUUACUUACGAACCAUUUGCAAAAGCCGGGAUGGAAAAGUAAGUCGUGGUCAUGGUAGUGUCAUUCACAGGGAUACACUAUUUUUAUUUGGGAAAUUUUAAGAAUAUUUCAAGCAUAUACCCAAGGCUGAGCUCCAAACAUUGACGCGUAAUUUGAAACAAUUUAGAAACAGCCAAAUAAAUUAUAACGCUUGCACGCAUUUUGCCUCGCUCUGGAGGGCGCGAGUCUUACGAGCAUGCGUGCCUCGUUUUCACGUUCAAUUUUGAAUCGCGCGCCCUUUUGAACAUUCUUCGCUGUCGGUUCGCCUUCCAUUUUGGUGGUUUGUUCAUGCAGGACCGUUUUUUUGUCAAGAUGAGCGAGGAGAGUGUGAUAGAUUGCGGAGAUAGACUGCAGGGAGAAAUAAUACUUCGAAAAACUAUUUAAACGAAACGCCAAAUCCCAUGGAAGCGGUGAUGAAGGAGUUCAGUGUUCACUCUUGGCGACUCGAAUGCACACUGAGUGUUUCAACCAUCAUUGAGAAGAAAGAACGCUUAUUUUAAACUGUGGAUCCUUGUUGUUUCGUAAGUACAUUCUGAAUCUUGUUUAAAUAUAUAGAGGCAUAUUUAAGUCUAUGUAAUAGCUUUGGGAGCAUUUCAUCGAUGUCGAUCAUACAAAUCGUUUCACAUGUGAGCUUCAUGCGACAGCGAGUUGCUUCGUACAGAUCUGACCUUUGUAUGUUGCCUGUAGUUUCUUUGAUAGCAUAUGCCUGUAAAGCACGUCUUUGUCUGAUUUCUUUUACAAUAAAGACAUAGUUGCUGCAUGCACAUUUUAAUGGCGAAGAUGGCAGCCGUAAAAUACUUAAUCUGGAAUGAGGAAACGGAAUCACGGAACGGAGUACGGAAUCCAAUAGCAAUGACAGAAAAAUAUUAUAUAAAAAUUCCUUGACACUGAAAUGUGCAAAACAUUUCCACUCCAAUUUCUGAGACUGUAGAUGUUUAUCACAAGGAUAAACCUGUACAAAAAUAAUAUUUAAUGUUCAUAUUAAUUUUUUGCAGACAACGUGCAUUUCCUUACUACCAAUGGGAAUUGUUCAAAAUUGAAAUAAAUGUAGUGCUUGUUACGAGACUUGUAGUGUUAAAAGGAACCUUUUCUCUUUGUGUACAUGCACAAUAACAAGUUUAAUAUGAUGGUGCAGAAAGGUUCUAAAAGUCACAAGAUUGUAGAGGGAUAUCAUUUCCUUACACUUCAAUUUGUCGUUAAGUGUCGAACACAAGGAUAACAGCUUUAUUUGAUGACAAAGCAACCUUCAUUGACACAAGUAAGACGCCCAUCUUUGAGUGGGAAGUUGCAAUUCUAUUUAUCCAUCUUUGAGUGGACAAAGUAGUGCUUGUGUCAAUGAUAUUUCAAAUGUUGCAACAAGAAGAUUUUUCAGAAAUAUAAUUUCCUUACACUUCAAUUUGCCGUUAAGCUUCGAACACAAGGAUAACAGCUUUAUUCGGUGACAAAGCAACCUUCAUUGACACAAGUAAGACACCCAUCUUUGAGUGGGAAGUUGCAAUUCUAUUUAUCCAUCUUUGAGUGGACAAAGUAGUGCUUGUGUCAAUGAUGUUUCAAAUGUUACAACAGUCACCAGGAGAUAAACAAGAAUAUUAUUCAGGAAUAUAAUUUCCUUACACUUCAAUUUGUUGUUAAGCUUCGAACACAAGGAUAACAGCUUUAUUCGAUGACAAAGCAACCUUCAUUGACACAAGUAAGACGCCCAUCUUUGAGUGGGAAGUUGCAAUUCUAUUUAUCCAUCUUUGAGUGGACAAAGUAGAGCUUGUGUCAAUGAUAUUUCAAAUGUUGCAACAGUCACCAGGAGAUACACAAGAAGAUUUUUCAGAAAUAUAAUUUCCUUACACUUCAAUUUGUUGUUAAGCUUCGAACACAAGGAUAACAGCUUUAUUCGAUGACAAAACAACCGUCAUUGACAUAAGUAAGACGCCCAUCUUUGAGUGGGAAGUUGCAAUUCUGUUUAUCCAUCUUUGAGUGGACAAAGUAGUGCUUGUGUCAAUGAUAUUUCAAAUGUUGCAACAGUCACCAGGAGAUAGACAAGAAUAUUAUUCAGGAAUAUAAUUUCCUGACACUUCAAUUUGUUGUUAAGCUUCGAACACAAGGAUAAUAGCUUUAUUCCAUGACAAAGCAACCUUCAUUGACACAAGUAAGACGCCCAUCUUUGAGUGGGAAGUUGCAAUUCUAUUUAUCCAUCUUUGAGUGGACAAAGUAGUGCUUGUGUCAAUGAUAUUUCAAAUGUUGCAACAAGAAGAUUUUUCAGAAAUAUAAUUUCCUUACACUUCAAUUUGUCGUUAAGCUUCGAACACAAGGAUAACAGCUUUAUUCGGUGACAAAGCAACCUUCAUUGACACAAGUAAGACGCCCAUCUUUGAGUGGGAAGUUGCAAUUCUAUUUAUCCAUCUUUGAGUGGACAAAGUAGUGCUUGUGUCAAUGAUGUUUCAAAUGUUGCAACAGUCACCAGGAGAUAAACAAGAAUAUUAUUCAGGAAUAUAAUUUCCUUACACUUCAAUUUGUUGUUAAGCUUCGAACACAAGGAUAACAGCUUUAUUCAAUGACAAAGCAACCUUCAUUGACACAAGUAAGACGCCCAUCUUUGAGUGGGAAGUUGCAAUUCUGUUUAUCCAUCUUUGAGUGGACAAAGUAGUGCUUGUGUCAAUGAUAUUUCAAAUGUUGCAACAGUCACCAGGAGAUAGACAAGAAUAUUAUUCAGGAAUAUAAUUUCCUUACACUUCAAUUUGUUGUUAAGCUUCGAACACAAGGAUAACAGCUUUAUUCGAUGACAAAGCAACCUUCAUUGACACAAGUAAGACGCCCAUCUUUGAGUGGGAAGUUGCAAUUCUAUUUAUCCAUCUUUGAGUGGACAAAGUAGUGCUUGUGUCAAUGAUAUUUCAAAUGUUGCAACAAGAAGAUUUUUCAGAAAUAUAAUUUCCUUACACUUCAAUUUGUCGUUAAGCUUCGAACACAAGGAUAACAGCUUUAUUCGAUGACAAAGCAACCUUCAUUGACACAAGUAAGACGCCCAUCUUUGAGUGGGAAGUUGCAAUUCUAUUUAUCCAUCUUUGAGUGGACAAAGUAGUGCUUGUGUCAGUGAUGUUUCAAAUGUUGCAACAGUCACCAGGAGAUAAACAAGAAUAUUAUUCAGGAAUAUAAUUUCCUUACACUUCAAUUUGUUGUUAAGCUUCGAACACAAGGAUAACAGCUUUAUUCGAUGACAAAGCAACCUUCAUUGACAGAAGUAAGAUGCCCAUCUUUGAGUGGGAAGUUGCAAUUCUAUUUAUCCAUCUUUGAGUGGACAAAGUAGUGCUUGUGUCAAUGAUAUUUCAAAUGUUGCAACAAGAAGAUUUUUCAGAAAUAUAAUUUCCUUACACUUCAAUUUGUCGUUAAGCUUCGAACACAAGGAUAACAGCUUUAUUCGGUGACAAAGCAACCUUCAUUGACACAAGUAAGACGCCCAUCUUUGAGUGGGAAGUUGCAAUUCUAUUUAUCCAUCUUUGAGUGGACAAAGUAGUGCUUGUGUCAAUGAUGUUUCAAAUGUUGCAACAGUCACCAGGAGAUAAACAAGAAUAUUAUUCAGGAAUGUAAUUUCCUUACACUUCAAUUUGUUGUUAAGCUUCGAACACAAGGAUAACAGCUUUAUUCGGUGACAAAGCAACCUUCAUUGACACAAGUAAGACGCCCAUCUUUGAGUGGGAAGUUGCAAUUCUAUUUAUCCAUCUUUGAGUGGACAAAGUAGUGCUUGUGUCAAUGAUGUUUCAAAUGUUGCAACAGUCACCAGGAGAUAAACAAGAAUAUUAUUCAGGAAUAUAAUUUCCUUACACUUCAAUUUGUUGUUAAGCUUCGAACACAAGGAUAACAGCUUUAUUCGAUGACAAAGCAACCUUCAUUGACACAAGUAAGACGCCCAUCUUUGAGUGGGAAGUUGCAAUUCUGUUUAUCCAUCUUUGAGUGGACAAAGUAGUGCUUGUGUCAAUGAUAUUUCAAAUGUUGCAACAGUCACCAGGAGAUAAACAAGAAUACUAGUCAGGAAUAUAAUAAUUAUUUCUUUACACUUCAAUUUGUUGUUAAGCUUUGAAAACAAGGAUAAAAGCUUUAUUCGAUGACAAAGCAACCUUCACUGACUCAAGUAAGGUGCCCAUCUUUAAGUGGGAAGUUGGAAUUAUUCUAUUUAUCCUUCUUUGAGUGGACAAAAUGGUGCUUGUGUUAAUGAUACUUUCAAUUUUUACAAAUGCCACAAGGAGAUCAACUUGAUGAUUACACAUUUUUUUUAUAUUGUUACACUUUAAUUUUGUUUUGUGCCUCAACCACUUGGAUAACGGCUUUAUUCGAUGAUAAAAGCAACCGUCAUUUUUUAAAUAUUUUUCAUUGUAAUGCACUACCAGAAAACUGCCUGAUUUUAAGCUCUCUAGUUUUUUUAGAACCAGGCUGUUACGAUACAUGUAAUACAUGUAUUAUUAUUUUGAUAUAAAUAUUUGACAUUUUUUUUUGUCUUUAUUUCUUUGAGGUAUACUGAUGUGGAGAACAAAAACAUUGAGGGUAUUUUGGUUAAUGAAGUGAGGGGAAAUUUUGGGUAAAAGAAAUGGCCCAAAACAGAGAUAAAAGGUAAGUUGUACACUUUUCUAAGUUUCUUGAAUUUCUUACACUGAAACCCCGCCUUACAGCCACCUCGGUAAUACAGUCACCUUGUUAUUACAGCCACUUUUUUUUGGCCGCCUGGCAAAAACCACCAUACAUUUUCUUGUAAACAAACCCUCAUUAAUACCGUCACCCCAUUAAUACGGCAAAACUUUUUUGGCCCAUUGAUGACCGUAUUAACGGGGUUCCACUAUAGUUUCUUGGUGUUGCUGACAAGUGCAAUCCCCUAAUGACAUAAAUACAAAAGAUGGAAAAGCCACUAAAUAAUACCCACACCAAAAACAGGAGCAAACCACAAUACGUUUAGCAACACCAAGAAGCACUCUUAAUUCCUUUUCUACAGACCUGAGCAUUUAACAUGCUUUCCUUUUGCUAGGGGCCAUUUUUCAGUACUGGAGUCAGAGAAGUACCCGUGCAGAUGUGGUAAGGCAGUAAAAUGGAAAACUUGAAGAACACAGAGUUCAGACAAGAUUCCAAUUUGAGAGCUAAAAAGGUAGGUAAAAUACAUGUACAUUAUUUUGUUAAUGCUUGCAGUGCAAAUAUUUUUACUGUGUAGUUUAAGUCAUCCACUUAGUGAUUUAUUUAGCCUGUCCUGCAACAGAGCUGUGCUUUGGCAGUGCCUGGUGGCCCCUGUUGCAUUACUGUUGCUCUUGGGCGACAAGGAAGUCUUAGUUUGUUCAAACACAUUCAUCCUGGGUACCUGGAUCUUUCAGGUUAAGGGCACAAGGCUCUUUCAUUUUUUUAAGAACACAACACAUGUUUUGCACGUUUGUAUUAUGCAUACAUAAUUAAUGAUUGUUAUAGAAUGCACUAGGGCCACACCCUACCCCCUUUGACAUUUUUAAUAUUAACAGUGUCCUUUCCAUUUAUAUGCAAGGUUUGAUUGUAGUGUAAAUUGCUCAGAGUAAAGAGCAAGAACCAAAUCUAAAGAUUCAAAAUAGUUAGGGUGACUAUUUUGCCAGACUAAACUGUUGCUGAAGAACGUAAAUGUUAAUUAAAUGUUUAUCAUAGUAGUCAUGCCACUGUGACUAAAUAAGUUUUUUUGGUGUUCAGAAAUUGACGAAUCACACAGACGUGUUGGACAAGGCACAACUUUCUCCAGAUGACAAAGCCAAAAUAAAGGCUUUAUUAGACCUACACAAUGCUAUCCAAUUUAUGUCUUUGGAGGAGAGUGAAGACAAUGAAGAGAGGGCCAAUGAUCCACAACCCAGGUACAUCAGGCCACUAUGCUCAGAGAGGUCAAAGCUAAGAAACAUCAAUGCUGUUCUUGACGCCUUUUGUGAGGCUUGCAUGUCAAAGAGGCAAAGAAAGAACAGCCGGGAAAAUAACCAGAGAGGUUGAUAAAUACUUGUCAGACAGACCAGUACCAACUAACUGCCCUUCAUGGGCAGGAUGCCAAUAAUACCAAAGUAACAAAUUGCUACAGUGAUCGCUACUAUGGCAACUGGGAGUAAAAAGUCCAAAAUGACGCCGUGUGCGUGAUGUCCAGAAAAAUAAUGAGCUUUAGCCGAAGCACAAAAUGUGAUGGCAUAGUCGCUUCUACAUGAGUAUAAAAUUCUACUUUUCCCCUAUUUUUCACUGGUUUAAAACCUAGCAUUUUUUUUCUCUUAAUCAAGAAGGUAUUUGACACUUCUAGUUCAUUGGGCAGUAAUUCAGUCUUCCCUGCGUUUUACUAACAACGAAACCAAAUGAGCGAAAAGCCCUGUAGUGACUUUUGGGUGCCACUUGCAUAAAGUUGAAAUUUGACGGGCAACAGUAACAUACUCUCUUCAGGACUGUAACCACGAUCACCAUAGUAGAGGUCACUGUAGCAAUUUGCUUAAAGUCCCUAAUGUAUUAUUGUGCCUUUAGUCAGGAUGAUCCUGUGAUGAUCAACUCUAACUAAAUUGCACAAUCUUAUUGGAAAGUAGCCUCCAACGCAGUCGUUUUUAGGUGAGCUCGUAUUUCUUCCCUCCCCACAAACGCCUGUUCAACUGAAGACAACAUUCCUUUCCCAAGCUUAGCCAAUCACAUUGUACUUUCCAAAUUCUGGAAAGUUGACCUUGACCGCAAGGUAAUCUGAUAAUAAUUAUCAGAUUAUUAUCAUUAUUAUUACUCGAUCUGCAUUAAACACUGGGAAAGCUUCCUGACCUGCAAUAAAUGUUAGAUUCAGAGCGGCAAAAACAAGAUUUAGUCAAAAUUCAGAAUACUCCGUGCACUGCAUAACCUUAGUGAAGGAAAGAAAAGAAGGAAAACGGUAACUCUAGGGUCACGUUCACUUGUGUUUAGCCUGUCAACACUUUAUUGCACAAUUGUUGAUUGGUCACUUACCACGCAAAUAAAACAAUGUUGUUUUCAGUUGAGCAGGCGUUUGUGGGAAGGGAAGAAAUACGAGCUCCCCUAAAAACGCCUGCGUGGGAGGCUAAUUGGAGAGGUGAUAAGAGUUUUAUUCUAAAAGUCAAUCUUUACUCGACUGUGUUCAUUAAAAUUGCUGAAAUUACAGGACAGUCAAUGGAUUAUCCUAAAACUAUAAAACAGGGAGUGUAAGAUAGAUGCAUUGUGAAAGUGAGUCGCUUGUUAAAAGUGUGCAGUUUGUCAUUACUAUUCAAACUCAGAUGUAGGCAAAUUCUCGUAGACUACUUUGUAUGCCACAGCCAGGUCCAAGUUGUAGCCAUGCACUUACAGCAGAGUGGCGACAAUAAGUGAGAUACAUGUGUAGAGAUGUUGGCUUAUACAUUUGUAUAAUGCCUAUGGCUAGUUUUGUUUGCAUCACUAUCGUCGUUGUAGCAUCAGCCUGAUACUCCCCAAUAAUGGUCUCUCAUCAGUUUGUGUAGGCUUUAACAAUAAUUUUUGGGGAUGAUCCACCAAGUACUGGUACUUGCUAAUAAGAAUUAAGGCAGCAGUUUAGAUUUCCUAAUGGGAUUUUAUGCAGUCUUACAUGUAACUAAGUAAGACUUUCAUUUGUAAUAAUAUUAUUUUUCUUAUUAAAUUAUGCAAUAAUUUUGCCGUGAACUACUUCUUUGAGUUAUUUUGGAAUGGAAAUGCACGUUACUUAUAAUAAUGUCAAACCUCUUUAAUACGGACACUAAAGGGACAGAACCAAGUGUCCGCUUAAUAGAGGUGUCUAUAUUACAGAGGUAGGGAUUGCAUGAUUUUUGGCUUUUCUGGGACCAAACGAACUGUCCGUCGUAUAGAAGUGUCCAUAAGAAGAGGUUAGACUGUAUAAUUAUUAUGAUUAUUAUAAUUAUUAUAAUUUUGUCAAUUCUAAAAGGAUUAUUUAAUAGGCCAUUUCCGAGUUCCCAGGGCCUCUGUUUCAAAACGAAGUUAAGUGCUCAGCCUUUGAUAUGGAAAUCAUUUUUCAUUCUCAUGCAAAUAAAACUCAUUUCACAAGAAAGGUUGCGCACCUCGCCUCAUUUUGAAAGUGAGGGUUUUUGGAACUCGGAAGUGGCCUAUUGAAAUUGAAAAGUUACAGUUUUGGAUAUAGAAAAUAGGAAUACAUUGUAAGGAGUCUCUUUUUAUUGUGAAAAUAUUUAAUAUACAUAUGUACAUAUUAUAUGAAAAUGGAGAUAGAAUUAUUUUAAUAAAAACUUUAAUACCAAAAAUGCACCUAAAUAUGACUCAGCUUGAUUUGUGUGUAUCAGCGAAAAUGGGUCAUUGUGGAUGCAUGAAACGGUCCAGGGUUGUCUCACAAACGUCCACUUUUUUAUAUACCGGAUAGAAUGAACAUAUGAUUCGAAACUGGGUGGUUAAGUAAAGUUAACACAUUUAGGAAAUCCAGUGAAUAAUCCACCGAAAGUGGAAUCUGUGGAAACAUGAAGGCUGCAGAAAGUAAACCGGUCAAACUGAGUUUCCGCAUUCAUUUUUCCGGAAACUCAACGGAUAAUUGAGUAUCCUCUGAAUUUACGAGCUGCGGAAACAUGACGGCAGUUAGCGUUUCCGCAAGAGUAAACCUGACGGAAACGCGAGUAUAAGGGAUGCGUUUAAGCGUGUCCGCAGAAACUGAAACAUGACGGAUACACGUGUUCCCCGUCACAAUUCCGUCUGCGGAUAUUCAGGUUUCCGUUAGAUAACCGUUACAAAAACGGAAACGGAAACACCUUUUUUCAACCUGUGUUGAAGGACGAACAUUUCUUAUUAGUGAAGCAAUAGCUGCCAUGAAUCCAGACGUUUUGGAAACAAAUGCUGUCAUACUAAAAGGAGCAAUAGGAAUAAGGCCUUAUCUCUUCACAGACCAUCUGUUUGAGGAUUAUCUUAAGGGAAUCACACUAAAUAAGACCCGAGAAAGCGCCAAUCCGUGGUGGAAGGAGUUUUGGACAAGCCAUCUAAACUGCUCCUCAAUGUCUGAAGGUGCUUGCCUUAACCCGGCCAAAAUAGACGAUCGAGCCUUCGCCAAACUACACAACGCGUUCAUUCCUUACCUGACAGACGCCGUCUAUGCCCUUGCACACGCGCUGGACUCUUUACUGAAGUGUAAAGAGCCCGGAGGCGGACCUUUAGCCAGUGGGUACUGUCCUGAGCAAAAUGCCAAAGUCACACCCGAAGCCAUGCUUCUGAAACUCAGGAAAGUGAGCUUUCAAGGCAUAACAGGGCAAGUGCAGUUCACCGAAAGUGGUGAUCCCACUUUUUCGUCGUACGAUAUCGUGAACUUUCAGAAACAGGCGGAGAAUUAUGAAAAUGUUAAGGUGGGGACAUGGACAGGGGGAACUCGUACCAACCUCACAAUCAACGACAAACGAAUACAAUGGGCUAAUGAAGAAAAUGAGCCUCCCAUAUCCACGUGCAGUCACCGCUGUCCUCCGGGAACCAGGCAGACGAUCACUGUGUCCCUUAGCUGGGAAUGCAUUAAGUGUCCUUUGGGCUCCAUCAGUAAACAGCAUAGUUCUCCCAACUGUACAAAGUGCCCACAACUACAUAAAUCAAACGGGGACGGUACAGCAUGCCUGCCUUUGCCAGUUAUCAACAUCAAGUGGUCAGAUGCUACUGCAGUGGUAUUUUUGAUCCUAACGGUUAUUGGAUUGCUUGCAACAGGCAUGGCCAUCUUUGUUUUUAUGAAGAACCAGAGUACACCAUUGGUGAGGGUAUCCAAUCGCGAACUUAGCCUUCUUUUGCUUGUCGCAAUCGCUUUGUGUUUUGUUCUCACCUUGCUCUAUCUUGCUCAGCCCACAAAGACGUUAUGUUGUAUUAUUUAUCCUCUGAGGUACUUUAUUAAUACGACCUUUGUUUCCAUCCUCUUCUUGAAGACAAACCGUUUGAUCCGCGCUUUUCAGACCAACAUCAUUCCAAAUUGGUUCAAGCGAUACAUCGUGGAUCGCAAACGUCAAUUUCUUGUGGUCUUGGGACUCAACAUAGUUGAAGUUAUUCUGGCAGUGUUGUGGCUAACUCUUGAUCCACCUUACGAGCACCAGGAGAUACGAGUACAGACACAUGUGUUUUUACACCUGUAUGCCAUUCAGAUCAGCUAUCGGAAGUGUCCUUAG